CAGAUAGAUCGUGCUUGUAGUUCAACAGGGUGAACUGACAGAGACAGAGAAGUGUCCGCGGAGAGAGUCUCAGGAAAUAUGUGGACUUAGUGCACUCAGCAGCGUCUCGGAGGGACAAUGAGAGGCUUGUGUGAGAUGUCUGAAUGAAGUGAAGAGAAGACAAGCUGGUCAUCCUGGUUCCUCUGCCGUCAACUCGGAAUCUCUCCAAUUCAUCUUCUGGAUAUCACCAAAAUAGACCUAAACGUUCCACUCUAAACACAAACUCUCGGAGGAAACAUCAAACCAAAGUGUUCUCUGUCUCCUUUAUCCAACAUAAUGAUUUCCAGUAACUCUCACACUUCAAGCAAUACUCCCUGAUGAUCACAAGGGAAUAUGCCACUCUGUUUCUGGUGGGCUUCUGUUUCCUGUUGGACUACAGCUCCCAAAACCCCCUGCAGGCUCUCCUCCAGAGCAGAACUAAGGGCGGGGCAAUGUCAGCCAGGGGAGGGACUGGAGCCAAGAAUGUGACAGCAUCUUUGGGGGAAGUUACAUCAUUAGUGAGCAGGACGAGGCUAAGGCUCAGACAUGGGAAGUCGAGGAUCCAGCGUACUAAAAGAGGAUGGGUGUGGAACCAGUUCUUUGUCCUGGAGCAGUACAUGGGAUCUGAACCACAGUAUGUUGGAAAGCUCCACACAGACAUAGACAAUGGAGACAAUGCAGUCAAGUACACACUGUCAGGAGAAGGAGCUGGGUCCAUCUUCAUCAUUGAUCAAAUUACUGGAGAUAUACAUGCGCUGGUGGGGCUUGACAGGGAGGAGAAGUCCUACUACACGCUGAAGGCCCAGGCUGUUGACACUUACACAGGCCUCCCUCUGGAGCCUCAGUCUGAGUUCAUCAUCAAGGUGCAGGACAUCAACGACAACGAGCCACGAUUUCCUGAUGGUCCCUACAGCGCCUGUGUCCCUGAGAUGUCUCCAACAGGAACCUAUGUGACUCAGGUGACUGCCACCGAUGCAGAUGACCCCACAUAUGGCAACAGUGCACGGAUCGUCUACAGCAUCCUUCACGGCCAGCCGUACUUCUCUGUGGACACCAAGACGGGAGUCAUCAGGACAGCUCUAGCCAACAUGGACCGCGAGGUGAAAGGGGAGUACCAGGUUCUUCUCCAGGCCAAGGACAUGGGAGGUCAGCUAGGGGGGCUGGCCUCCACCACCACCAUCAACAUCACCCUCAGCGACGUCAACGACAACCCACCGCGUUUCGCUAAGAGUAUUUUCCAUCUGCGGGUUCCAGAGUCGGCGUCAGUCGGCUCAGCAGUAGGUCAGAUUCGAGCAUUCGAUCUGGAUGCUGGCAGCAAUGCAGACGUGGAGUAUGCCAUUGUUCCAGGAGAUGAGGGCACCAUGUUUGACAUCAUCUCUAACAGCCAAAGUCAAGAAGGAGUUGUAGUCUUGAAAAAGACUCUUGACUAUGAGACGAAGAAGUCAUACACAUUUAAGGUUGAGGCGUCCAACACACAGCUGGACCGCCGUUUCCUCCACUUGGGGCCCUUCAAGGACUCGGCGACAGUCAAGGUGAAUGUCCUGGACACGGACGAGCCUCCCGUCUUCACCAAGCCAUCCUACUCCAUGGACGUGUACGAGGACACUCCUCUAGGAACCAUAAUCGGCUCCGUGACGGCUCAAGACCUGGAUGCUAGCAGCAGCGCUGUCAGGUAUUCCUUGGAAUGGCAGAUGGAGUCCGACAGCGGUUUUGACAUUGAAACUGUUGAAGGGACCAUUUCCACUAAUGAAUACCUGGACAGAGAGACGGCUGCCCAGCACAAUAUCACUGUAGUGGCAACUAAAGUCAACAACCCUCUGCUGUAUACUAAACUGUCGGUGGCUGUCAACGUCCUGGAUGUGAACGAGUUCCCUCCUGAGCUGGCGGUUCCUUCAGAUACCUUUGUCUGUGAAAACUCCAGAGUAGGACAGGUGAUCCAGACAGUCAGCGCUGUGGACAAGGACCUUCCUCCUGCUGGCCAGAGGUUCUUCUUCAAGUCCCCCAAAGAGCUUCGCAACAGGAACUUCACCGUUCGAGAUUUUGGAAACAACACCGCUGGCAUUGUGUCUCGGCGUACGAUCUACCAGCAGCGGUUGCAGGAUGUGUAUGUCCUCCCUGUUGUGGUUGAAGACAGCGGUUACCCCGCCCAGAGCAGCACAGCCACCCUCACAAUCCGAGUGUGUUCCUGCAGGGGAGUAGGCUCGCUGCUGAGCUGCUCAGCUGAGGCCAUCUUCCUGCCUGUGGGCCUCAGCACUGGAGCUCUGAUGGCUAUCCUGCUCUGUGUAGCUCUGCUGAUAGUCAUGGCAGCAUUAUACAUGGGCCAGAGGCGCCACAAGGAGAAGGACACUCUGAUGACAUCAAAAGAGGACAUCCGUGAUAACGUCAUUCACUAUGACGAUGAGGGCGGCGGCGAGGCGGACACGCGCGCCUUUGACAUGGGCACUCUGCGCAACACACACUCACAGCGCACCAGCACUCACAGCAGCAGCUCCAAGAAGGAGAAAAAUGGCUACGGAGACGGGGUUCUGCUGCACCUCAGCAGCCGCUGCGACCAUGUCAGGUCCCCUGACAUCCAUCGUCAAACGGCCAGUGUAAUUGUGAACAACAAACGGAUGACUGAGGGCAAUGCUGAAAUGAUCAGGGAGUUCAUUUCACAGCGGCUGGAGGAGAGUCAGCAGGGUUACGCCGCCCCGCCCUAUGAUUCGCUGGUGACGUACGCCUACGAGGGCAAUGGCUCGGUGGCCGGCUCACUCAGCUCCAUAGAGGAGCCAUGGGUUAUUGACGAUUCAGGGGAUUUUAGCUCCCUUGGUGACUGGGGACAGCCGUUUAAAACACUGGCCAGCAUCCUGGACAGACAGCCGCCGCCUCUGACUGAGGAGAGCUGAGAGGGAGUUGGACAGCAGAGAGACUACGGACAACUUUUCUAGACAUGAUUUUUUUUACUGUGACGGGCACUGGCUAGAACAAUGUGAGGACUUUUUAGGAAGCUGUCCAUGUGAAGUAGAGUUGUCGCCUGGUUAGCUCGAGAAAACAGAAUCUAGCUACAGAUGUGUGAAAAGGUCAAGUUUACGGUUCCUCAAAGUGCCUGAGGUACUAUAUGUUUACAUGAAUUUUAAUUAAUGAUAGUUAAUAAAAACAUCUCCAUCUGAUCCUUAAGUCUCAUCAAAACAUUCCCAACAGUGGUCAGCCAGUUCCUGACUCUUCCUCUAGCAUGUCCAUGAGGUUGCCACUUUGUUUCAGAGAGAAAGGCCGCAACAGCUACUAUGCAAUUUGGUACGGACAUACAAGUCCCUUCAGGAUGAAUCGAUAACUAGUCCUCUAGGGCCAUCUUCAGGUCCACAUAAGAGUGUGUGCAAUACUUUGUCCAAAUAUUUGCAGAACUAAUGACAUUCCCAUCAGUCUCAGCUGUACUUGUCUUUAGUGCGAAUUAACAAGUGUUAGCAUAUUGAUAUGCUUAACUAAGGUGGCGACGUAUUAGCAUAUUAGCACCGUCAUUGUGAGAAUGUUAACGUGCUGAUAUCAGCAUUCAGAGAAACAUUUAGGUUCACUGUCUUGGCAGAAAUCUGAUAUCAGAUUUCUUAACACUCCUGCUCUCCUUUUCUGUGAACCAUUGUUUAUACACUUUAUUUGCAGUUGUCAAAUGGCAACCACCAGACCAAGCUAAAUGAAAUAGAAUAAAUG